AUGGAAACCCUGGCCUCCACUUGGGCCCAUGACCCCAGUGACCUCAGUGACCUCGGGGAGAAGCGACACGAGCCAUCACCCGAGUGGGAGUCUCACUGUGUCUUUAACACGACUCCUCCGGCUGGUCUGAUGUGGACAGACCAGCUCUCUCCUCACCUUCAGAGAAACAAACAGCUCCAGGACACUCUGCUGCAGAGGGAGGAGGAGCUGGCCAGACUGCAGGAGGAGAACAAUAAACUCAGAGAGUUCCUCAACUCCUCCUUUGUGAGGAACCUGGAACAAAAGGCAAAGAAACUAACUGCUGAUGGGAAGAGGAAGCUGAAGAGAAACCUGGCAUACCUUGAUGAUUUCUGUGGCACUCAGCGAGUAGCCUCCCAACAGAUCAGCAAGAGAGUUUGCAGGAACCUCACUGCCGAGUUCUGCUCUGAGUCUUCUGAGACAUCUGCCUACUCAGAACCAAACCUGGACCUCUGGGUCCUUCGAACACUGGGACUGAAGGAUCGAGACACCAUUGAUACAUCCAGUGAAUCCUCAUCUGAGUACAGCCUCAGGAGUUUAGUUUACAAUACUGCCGUCAACCCUUCCUCAUCCCCUCAAUGCAAUCUCAACUCCACUUUCAGCCCUCCAGUCACCCCGUCCACACAUCCUUCUGUUCACAGUUGCCGCCAAAGAGCAACACAUGAAACCAGCUGCCGGUACAGUGCUGCUGAAUGCCAAGAAGCAAACUGUGAAAAUAAUUCUGAGUCAGCUCCAAACUGCCCAGUUGACUUUGCUGCCACUGGAGUGACCACCCCUUACGAGGUUCCUGAAACUGUGACCGGGACCUAUAGCAUCCCAUCUACCUCUCAGUUAGACAGAGCUGAGCUCUGUUCUCUCACAGCCUUGAAUCAAGUCCAAACGCUGGAGGGAAAUCCUCCUGAACAUCACAUGUACCGGUCGUCACUGCAAGAAAGCCAGGCACUAUCACAUGACACAGUCCAGUUCAGUCCACCAGCAGAAAAAGUGUUUUUCUCCCCCAUGUUGUCUUCAGGUCCAAACCAACUUUGGACGCCCGCGAGUGGCUGCAUUCCAACAAGCCCAUCUCAGCCUUCUGCAAUGACGCAUACGCCUCACAGCCGGACGGAUUUGGCAUUCAGCAUGUCCCUCAGUCCAUCCAGUAGUGUCAAGACCCACAGCUUCCCCCAGGGACAGGCCUUUGUCAGAAAGGACUUGGAGGGCCGGUGGAACUUCACCUGGGUGCCUAGACAAGGACCAUAG